AACCCUGCUUAUUUCAAAAAAGACUUCCGUUAAAAUGAAAGAUGCCAGUUUUGACCCAUCUCACGAUGCCAAUUCCAGCUUUAAUAUUUUAACACAGAAAGAAAGGGAAGUUAAAAGGAAAAUAAACAAGAUUAGCUGCUUCAGUAAAAGGAGUCACUCUUGUAUAGAAAGAAACAAAUCUAAUCCCAAAUCACUGCAGUGCCUUCCCAUUUCAGCACAAAGUUGGUUGAGGAAAGGUAAGCUUAUGCCCGCAGCAGCUCAGAUUCUACAAUGUAACAAAGCUCCAGGCUCACCUUGUCUAAAUAAUUCUCAACACCAAAUUUCAUCAAAAGUACAAGGAGAUAUCAUAAAAAACAGAUUAACUUCUAAUGCAAAAUCUCAUUCAUAUAUCAGCAAUAUAAAUUAUUCACCAAUUCCACUGGAUUCAAGAUCAAAUUCCACAAAUGAUUUCUCAGCAUUAAAGUAUAGUGAUAUGUUUCAGGAAAUAAAUCCAAUUGAUAAAGGGCCAGGAAUUUAUGAAAUGUUUAGUAGCCCAUUGUAUCGUGCAAUGCGAAAGUUCGCAACAUGUGAAACUAGUGAUCAAACUGUUCUCACUGUGCCACAGAGAAAAGGACUGACAUGUAAGCUUUCAAAAACAAAUCAAGCAGCCAAGAAAAAUAAUGUAAUGAAUAUAAAAGACAAAAUGAAUUCCAAACGCGAAAACCUUGACAUAGAUGUGAAAAAAAAGAAAAAAAAUGCAGAGGAAAUUAAAUUUUUGUUCAAGAGUGAUAAAGGACAAAAAAACGAACAGAUUUCUGCACAUGAUUGCCAUACAAGAACCUCCAGAAAUGAGGUGUUAAUCCACAAUAUAGAAAGCCAGGAAGUUUCAGGUUCUGGCCAUCUUUCAGAUAGUUCGGAGUUGUGUAUUCCAUUACCAGUUUAUGAGGUUCACCUAGAUGACCAGUGUUUGUCAAUCAUUGUGGAAGACGUGUUUGAACAAACUUCAGUCAAGCCUGUCUAUUCAGAGGGUCAUGAAAAUGCACUCAAGGAUCAAUUUGGUGGUAGUGUUGAUGGAGGAAAUCCAGCAGAUCACAGUAGGACAUCAAUGCUCCCAAACAUCAAGAAUACAGAUUACAGUGGCAUUAAUUUAUUUGAGUUGGAACAGUCUCUGAAUAAGAAAGAUGAAGCGGAUGUAAAAUCAGCAAUAGAAGAUUUGGUAGGGACCACUGUUGCACAAGAGUCUACAGCUGUUUUAUCCAAUGGACCUGGUUCAUAUCUAGUUGGCAAUGAAGCAGAACAUAAUGUCUUAUGUACUGAAGACCAGGAUAAUACCACUUAUUGUGGAUCAAAAGCUGCUUCACAUUCAUAUUCAGAUCAAACAAGUUUUGCAGUUCAACCAUUGAUUAAUAUAUGGACCGUGGAAAAGACGAGUCCAUUAUUUCAGUUUGAAAGUGUUAAGGAGGACAACCUUGCAGAUGAGCUGCUUCAUUGUCUGACAUCAGCAUUGUUGUUAGAAGAAAAUAAUACUGAUGAUAGCACAACAUUAAUCGCCACAAAUGUUCAAGCAAAGGAAUGUCAUGACAAGAUAGACAACGUGUCUGAAAAUACAAAUGUGAAAAUGCCAUAUGAAAAAUCUUUUCAGAGUGCUGAAUUUACAGUUGCAAAACUGUUCAAGAGUUCUAGCAGACCCGGCAGUUCACUUUGUAGUACCAUAAAGUCUGAUUGUAGUUCCAGUUGCGAGGAUGUCAUUAUAUGGACUAAAGGCAAUGUGCUUGGAAAAGGAGCCUAUGGCACAGUGUACUGUGGUCUCACCAGUCAAGGUCAAUUAAUCGCUGUUAAACAGGUUGUCUUAAAUGCAACCAAUCAAACUAUAGCAAAAAAGGAAUAUCAGAAACUGGAAGAGGAAAUUGAGCUACUUAAAGAUCUGAAUCAUGUAAACAUUGUGCGUUUCCUAGGUACAAACCUAGAGGCCAAUGUUGUCAGCAUUUUUAUGGAAUUUGUUCCUGGUGGAUCCAUGGCUGGUAUUAUACGAUGUUUCGGGCCAUUACCAGAGCCUGUCUUUUGUGGAUAUACGAAACAAGUUUUAAAAGGAGUGGACUAUUUACAUGAUAACAAAGUGAUUCACAGAGAUAUAAAAGGAAACAAUGUCAUGCUGAUGCCUAAUGGUGUGAUAAAACUCAUCGACUUUGGAUGUGCCAAACGCAUGACGUGUGUGAAAGAUACACACAGUGAAAUGUUAAAAUCAAUGCAUGGAUCUCCUUAUUGGAUGGCACCCGAAGUGAUUAAUGAGACUGGACAUGGUAAAAAAUCUGAUAUUUGGAGUAUAGGCUGCACUGUGUUUGAAAUGGCAUCUGGAAAACCACCUUUGGCACACAUGGACAAAAUGGCAGCCAUGUUUUACAUUGGAGCACAUCAGGGUAUGAUGCCUAACCUUCCUGAUCGGUUUUCUGAGAAUGCUCAAGAUUUUAUACAGAUUUGUCUGAUAAGGGACCAAUGCAAGCGUCCUUCAGCAAAACAGCUAUUGAAGCAUGCAUUUAUCAUAAAGAAACUAACGAAACAGCCAUUCCAGGAAAGUAAGACUGUGGCCAAAACAGAAGCACAAGCAACAAUUGUUUCAAAGAAAGGAUCACUGGGCAUCACAGAACUUUAUCAGAAGUAAUGGGAAUGAAACAAUAUUUCUAUGUAGAUUCAUAUCCAACUGCUCCGCUGCUUUAUGUACUGCAAGUGGUUUGAUACAUUUUGUAAAUGUAGGUUAAGAAUAAAUGUAAGGCUUUUGAAUUCAUACAUAUUAGCCUUUUUAUUUUUAAAUGAAUUUUGAGUUAAUUUGCAAUGUAGAAUUAUUUAAUCCCUUUGGUAGUAUUUGAAUUGAGAACAUAUUCAUUUCUUUCUUUCCCAUACAAAAUUUAUGUUGACCACUUCGGUAUACAUGAGUUUCCUCCUCCAUUCAGGGGACAUGCAAGUUGGUGGGCAAAUUGGGAGUGGUUGCAUCUUGGGAAAGCUGAUGGGGCUUCAGGGAUGAGUGUAAAUAGGUGCAUGAUGGUCAGCUUGGACUCAGUGGACCAAAGGAUCCCAUUCCAGGAUGUCUGAUUGCCACAAUACCUUUAAAAAGGUUUAAUUAUUUGAACGUGGAAAAAACUCACACCGUGUAUCCAAACUGGAGCCCAGCAAUUUCAUUGCAGGAAGGUUUGCUAGUGCUUGAUGGGAGGGUUUAAACUAACAUGGCUGGGGUGGAAACCCGAGAAGGCAUCCAGCAAGGAGGGAUUGAGGGGAAGAUGGAGGUUAGGUCAAGCUAGUCUAAAAGGAAGAAAAAGGAGGACCAGGUUAAUGAACAGGACAGGACUGAUGGGGUGAAUGUAUUUAUUUAAAUGCGAUGAAUAUUACGGAUAAAAUAGCUGAACAUAGAGCCUGAAGUGCAUGGAACGACAUUGUCGCUUCCAUUACAGAGACUUGGUUAAUCAAAAGAACAGGACUAGUUCCAGGGUUUAGACAAUUCUGAUAUUGCAACUCCUCAAUCCUUUUGCAUCUCACCUUGUCUCUUUUCAUCUCUGGCCUUUGCCCAACCAUUUGCUUAUUUUUUAAAAAAAAAAACCCUCAUCUG